UUUCUUAGGGGGAAAAAAAGGGGGGUGCGGUCGCACCCAACGCACCCCCCCCUUUGGAUGGCCAUGGGAAGGUAAAAAAUGGCAAGACUCAGAGGAGAGCCAUGAACCAAUUAGGGAUGGCACCGCUUUCAAAGAGCUGACAUAGACCCAAUUAAUUAAAUGACGCCCCCUUCCUCCCCACUGCUAUGUAAGCUUCUGCCGUAUGGUUAAGAUACUGCUGAGGCUGCCUGUAAGUCUGAAUGUAAAGAAUUUAAACUUGGUUGUUGCCUGCUCAAGGUUAAAGCUUGUAUAUUCUAUUACAUCUAUAUUAAAAUUGUUCUAGUUACAGAUUCAGUGGACCAAUUAUCUAUUUGAUUUGACUAAAUUACACGAGAAAACAACAAACACACUGGAAUUUUUUACUAUAUAGACCGCCAUUUUCAUUAACAUGAUCAACAACCAAUUAUAAUUUAUGCAUCCUUUAAUUAGAUUUUGUGUUUACUACCAAGCCUAAAAGAUAACAUUCCACGUUGAUCAACGUUCACGUAUAAAUGAUUAAAUUUAUGCUUGAAGUUGCAGUAAUUGCAGUCUUCAACUUCCCCUUGUUUAAUAAGUAAUGAUCUAAUUUUUUUUUCUUUAAAGUUAAACAAACCAAGUUUAAAAAAUGCAGUGCAUCUGCUUUUAACAUUUGUCACUACUGAAAUUCUUCAGACGUUUGUUUGUACUUGGCUCUGAUCAGACUAAAUUAACAAAGGCUGCAAGAAGUGCUUGGCCUCACGAAAUGACUGAAGAGUUGUGGCGAUAACUCAUAAAAAAUGAAUCUAAACACUUUCAUUUUGUUCUGCCUUCUACUCAACAUUUGUGUUAUUUUUGGUGCAAGAAAGAAUAAGACACCAAACAGGGUUUUGAGAAGGAGGUUCCGUCAUGGAGGACGACAACAAGCUGGCUAUGUGAACCGUAACUCAGGCAGACGAUACAAACCCAGACGGCCACAAUUUGCGGCCAAGGUUCCUACCAUUAAUGCAGAUGAAAGCACUUUGCCCUUCAUUGACUCAUAUAUAAGUGUUGAUGAAAUUGAGCCCGGCUAUCAGAUAAUACCAGGCAGGCAAGGGCACUGCAAAGCCAAUGGGAUGCUCAUGUAUGACAAUGCAAUCUGGUCUCCCAAACCUUGUCUAACCUGUCUAUGUUCAAGGGGAAAAAUAGUUUGUGAUGAAAUGAGCUGCCCUAAUGUAAAAUGUGCAAGGAGCAUUAUACCAACAGGAGAAUGUUGCCCAAUUUGUACUGCAAAUGAGCCUAAUGAUUCAAGUGAAACAUAUCCUGUAAUCUUGAACAAUCAGAAUUUGCAGUUAGGACAAGAGCAACUAAGGAAACAAGAGAAAGAACUGGAAGAAGACGAAUUACACAUAAAUGAUACGAAACACAAAGAGACUGAAGAUAUUAAUGAAGAUGAAACAAAACAAAGUGAAUUGGAUGAAGAAAAUAUGAGACAAAUAGAAGAGGAAGAGUUACAAAUUGCACAUGAAACGGAGCAGAUAUAUUUACAGAAAGAAAAUAAUGAAAGUAAAGAAAAGGAAGUAAAGCAACAAUUGGAAGAAAUACAAAAUAAUUCCAGCACCAUGGAAGAGGAAAAGCAGCAGCCUGAUAAUCAUAUAUACAAUAAUAGUAAUGAACAAGCAGAGCACCAAAAUAUGGAGGAGGAGGAAUGGGAGGGACAAAAGGAAGAGCGAGAGAUGGAGAAAAAGCACGGGGAAACAGAAACAAGAGAGGUGUUGGAGGAGCAAGUGAAGAGGAAAGUGGAUGAAGAGGGGCAAAUGGUGGAAGAGGAGCAAGUGGAGGAGGGGAAAACAGAGGAAGGGCUAGUGGUGGAAGAGAGGCAAGUGGUGGAAGAGGGGCAAGUGGACAAAGAGGGGCAAAUAGUGGAAGAGGAGCGAGUGGAGGAAGGGCUAGUGGUGAAAGAGCAGCUAGUGGUGGAAGAAGGACAAGUGGAGGACCAGGGGCAAGUGGUAGAAAUAGAGGAGUCAGAAGAAAAAAUAGAGAAAGCAGAAGAACAAGUUGUGGGAAAAAAAGAGCAAGAAGUGGAGAAACAGGAGGGACAAGAAAAUAUACAAGAGGAAAAGAAAGAAUGGGAAGAGGAGGUGAAUGUGGAAGGUUCGGCAGAGGGAUGGUUGAUGGAGGGAAGAGAGGCACAGGGAGGGGAGGCUGAAGGAAGGGAUGUGGAGGAUGAGAGGGCAGAGGAUGAAGAGGACAAUGCAGAGAUGGAGAUGAUGGAGGAGGAGGAGGAGGAGGAGGAGGAGGAUUAUCAAGAUAUUUUUCAGUUGCCAUCAUUUCCUUCCAUAUUACAAUUGAUUUCAGAUCAGCUCAAUGAGUACAUUCCAAGAUUUUCUUUCCCUGCUGGCUGUGAUUUGGCGGAUAUCACUAUAAACUGCAAUAAUGCAAAGUUGACUGAAAUACCUCCACUAAUGGAUCUGGGGAUCAAACAUCUUCAGCUUGCAGGAAAUUCAAUUACAGCUAUUCCAGCAGAAGCAUUUAAUGGGUAUCCUAAUCUUGAAUUAAUUGACCUCAGCAGGAACAGGAUUCUUUCAUCAAAUAUAGACCCAGCAGCUUUCAAAAAAUUAAAAAAACUGGAACGCCUAUACUUGGAUGGAAAUUUGUUACUCCAGAUUCCUUCUCAACUCCCUCGAACACUGGUAGAACUAAAAGUAAAUGAAAACCUUCUUCAACGACUGGAUGAACAAGCUUUUCAUGGUCUAAGUAAAAUAGUCAAUUUGGAGCUGGAAGGAAAUAAACUCAGUGAAAGUAACAUUCAACCCCUCGCCUUCAGACCACUGAAGCGACUCGCUUACUUGCGACUGGGAAGGAAUAAAUUCAGAACCCUACCACAAGGUCUUCCUCCUUCCAUCGAGGAACUCUACCUUGAACAUAAUGAAAUUGAAGAGAUAUCUGACAUAAGUUUGAAUAAGACAACCAAUUUGAAUGUAAUUAUUCUAAGGAACAACAAUCUUGAUGAAACCAGAAUAGCACGGAUGGCUUGGAUAAUGCUUGAGAAUCUAGAAUGCCUGGACCUCUCGUAUAACAAGAUUGUUCAUGUUCCAUCACUCCUACCGAAGGGUUUGCUCUAUCUUGUCCUUGUUCAUAACCAGAUCGAGCGAAUUCCAGGAUUCGUGUUUGCUCACAUGGAACCAGGGCUGGAAAUCCUGUACCUCUCUUUCAACAAACUAACCAGUGGUGGAAUUGACCCAGUUUCUUUCUUUGGAACUUUUCAUUCAAUGAGGGAAUUGUUUUUAGAUCAUAAUAUGUUGAAAAGAGUUCCAGCUGGAAUUGCCCAAAUGAAAGCACUUCAUUUCUUGAGACUGAAUGACAACUUCAUCAGGAAUGUUCAACUGGAGGCCGUCUGCAAUGCAAAUGAUGAAGAGGACUCAAAUAUUCGAACUCUUCACCUGGACAAUAAUUACAUAAAUACACGAAGAAUUCCACCAACUGCCUUCAGCUGCAUCGAAUUAUAUUCAGCUGUGAUCUUAACACCACAAAAGGUCAAAAAAUAACCAUUCAGGUGUGAAAAUCAUUUUAAUUAGUAUAUCAUGCAAGUUUGAUAACACCCGUGGCUAAGAAAUAUUAUCCUUUUCCAAAUAUUAACAAGCAACUUUUUAGUAUAUCUAGUUUAGUGAAUUAACUAAACAUACAGUUUUUUACAGUUAUUAGUGAAUCCAUAUUGGGAAUGAAUACUCUGAAUAUGCCAUAAAUUCCAAGGCCAUCAUAAAGAUUUAUAUUAUUUCCCUUGGGUUGCGAGAGGUGUUCACUAUUCAAAUCUAGUCAUUCAGUAAACAUUAUAACAUUUAAUAGAACGUCACUACUCUGAAUGUCAGAAACAAACAAAUCAGUGCUUAAAAUUUGAUAUACAAAAUAUUGAUUGAUUAAUAGAUAUUGUGGUAGUGUGACAAAGUUUUAGUAUUUACUUCAAGAUAAAUAAUUGAUGUUUAAACAAAGUAUCCAAUUAUCAGUGGAAUGCAUGCUGUACCUAUCAGCCCCUUUAUAUUUAAACAAUGCUCUUUAAUUUCAUUCUGCAAAUUGAUUUGCUCUUCAUAAAAAAUAAAAAGUUCAAGAAUGGAAUUCAUUGCCUAGAAUCUACUUUUUUAUGAAUGAUGUUAAUCUAAAACAACUUGUGUUUAACGAAUGCCUUUAAUGUAAUAAAAUAUUCCAAGGUGUUACGCACGCAUGUUACUAAACUAAAUUUGAGUUAUCAUUGGUACGCAUGGGAACAAGCUUUUUAGCCUACCUAGUUGGCACUGAACAUCAACCAUG